AAGCAAGGGAUUUAACGCAGUGAAAUUAUAUUUGCAACUGUUUCGCAGAAAUCGCUAGGGCCUUCCAAGUUCUGGCUCCCUUCUAUCUCAGCGGCUCCAGUAUCUACAAAAGGUUCCCCUAGGAAACUCAAAACUCUAAGUUAAAGACAAGCAUGCUCGGACUGCAAUUCCCAGAAGUCGACGCGGGGCCUCAGAAUCCGGGACAUUGUCCGCAGAGACCCCUGGGUAUUGUGGUCUCACGCUUUGGCAGCAACCCUCUGCCGACGGUAAAAUUUCAGCCGAACGGAGGACCACAACUCCCAGCAACCUUUGCCCCCGUGCGGGGGGUCUUCACGUUUUCGUGGCGCAGCGCAAGCGCACUGAGUCCUAGCCGCGGACCGCGCAGACUGAAUAAUAAAAGGGGAGCGGCGAAGAGGCAGGAAGACAGGACCAUGUCGAAGGGCCCCGGGCCCGGCGGCUCCGCAGCUUCCUCGGCGCCCCCGGCCGCUACCGCUCAGGUGCUGCAGGCACAGCCCGAGAAACCGCAGCACUACACGUACCUGAAGGAGUUCCGUACAGAACAGUGCCCACUCUUUGUGCAACACAAAUGCACACAGCAUCGGCCCUACACCUGCUUCCACUGGCACUUUGUGAAUCAGCGUCGCCGCCGGUCCAUCCGCCGUCGGGACGGCACCUUCAACUACAGUCCUGACGUCUACUGCACCAAGUACGACGAGGCUACAGGCCUCUGCCCGGAGGGAGACGAGUGCCCAUUUCUGCACAGGACCACAGGGGACACUGAACGCAGGUAUCACCUUCGUUACUAUAAAACUGGAAUCUGCAUCCACGAGACUGACUCAAAAGGCAACUGUACCAAAAACGGCCUGCACUGCGCUUUUGCUCACGGACCCCAUGACCUCCGCUCCCCUGUCUACGACAUCAGGGAGCUCCAGGCCAUGGAAGCCUUACAGAAUGGCCAGACCACAGUAGAGAGCAGCAUAGAGGGCCAGUCGGCUGGGGCUGCGAGCCAUGCCAUGAUAGAAAAAAUCCUCAGUGAGGAGCCUCGGUGGCAAGAAACCGCUUAUGUGCUGGGGAACUAUAAGACGGAGCCGUGCAAGAAGCCCCCACGGCUGUGCCGCCAGGGCUAUGCCUGUCCCUACUACCACAACAGCAAGGACCGGCGGCGGAGCCCCCGGAAGCACAAAUACAGGUCAUCUCCGUGUCCAAACGUCAAACAUGGGGAUGAGUGGGGAGACCCUGGCAAGUGUGAGAAUGGAGAUGCCUGCCAGUAUUGCCACACCCGCACGGAGCAGCAGUUCCAUCCAGAGAUCUACAAAUCCACCAAGUGCAACGACAUGCAACAGUCAGGCAGCUGUCCCCGAGGACCCUUCUGCGCCUUCGCCCACGUAGAACAGCCACCCCUAAGUGACGACCUGCAGCCUUCCUCAGCUGUGUCCAGCCCCACCCAGCCAGGUCCCGUCUUGUACAUGCCAUCUGCUGCCGGAGACUCGGUGCCUGUGAGCCCCUCCAGCCCGCAUGCCCCCGACCUCAGUGCCCUCCUCUGCAGGAGCAGUAGCCUGGGCAGCCCAUCCAACCUCUGUGGCUCUCCACCGGGCCCCAGCAGGAAGACUACGAACCUGGAGAGCCUGGUCUUCCCUGGAGAAUCUAGCCUCGCCCCUGGUAGCUAUAAGAAGGCUCCUGGCUUCGAGAGGGAAGAUCAGGUGGGAGCUGAGUACCUGAAAAAUUUCAAAUGCCAGGCCAAACUAAAACCCCACUCACUAGAGCCCAGGACUCAAGAGCAGCCUCUGCUUCAGCCCAAACAGGACGUGCUGGGGAUCCUCCCUGUGGGCAGCCCCCUGACCUCAAGCAUCUCUUCCAGUAUUACCUCCAGCCUGGCAGCUACUCCUCCCAGCCCUGCGGGCACCAGCAGCACCCCUGGCAUGAACGCAAAUGCUUUGCCCUUCUAUCCCACCAGCGACACGGUAGAGUCGGUCAUAGAGUCUGCCUUGGAUGAUCUGGACCUGAAUGAAUUUGGGGUGGCUGCCCUGGAGAAGACUUUUGAUAACAGCACAGUGCCCCAUCCCAGCAGCAUCACAAUCGGAGGCAGUUUGCUACAGAGCUCUGCACCUGUGAACAUCCCUGGCUCCUUGGGCAGCUCUGCCUCUUUCCACUCAGCAUCCCCGUCUCCUCCUGUCAGCCUCUCUUCACAUUUCCUGCAGCAGCCUCAGGGCCACCUGAACCAGUCAGAAAACACAUUUUUGGGAACCUCGGCAUCACAUGGAUCCUUGGGUCUGAAUGGGAUGAACAGCAGCAUCUGGGAACAUUUUGCCUCCGGAAGCUUCUCCCCAGGCACCUCCCCUGCCUUCCUCUCAGGGCCUGGGGCUGCUGAGCUGGCGCGGUUACGCCAGGAGCUUGACGAAGCCAAUGGCACCAUCAAGCGGUGGGAGGAGUCCUGGAAGCAGGCCAAGCAGGCUUGUGAUGCCUGGAAGAAAGAGGCAGAGGAGGCCGGUGAGCGGGCCAGUGCUGCAGGUGCAGAGUGCGAGCUGGCCCGGGAGCAGCGGGACGCGUUGGAGGUGCGGGUGAAGAAGCUCCAAGAGGAGCUAGAGUGGCUUCACACAGGGCCUGAUUCCCAGGCCCUGCCCACCUUUCCCGACCUGGAGGCACUCUCACUCUCCACCCUCUACUCCCUCCAGAAGCAGCUGCGGGCCCACCUGGAGCAAGUGGACAAGGCUGUUUUCCACAUGCAAUCGGUGAAAUGCCUUAAGUGUCAGGAGCAGACCCGGGCAGUGCUGCCGUGCCAACAUGCCGUGCUGUGCGAGCUCUGUGCUGAGGGCAGUGAGUGCCCCGUCUGUCAGCCCAGCAGGGCCCAUACCCUCCAGUCGUGACGCUACAGGACUGGCCCAGCCAGGCCCAGAUCUCUCAUCUAGGACUUUUAAAAGUAUAUAUAUUAUAUAUAUAAUAUAUAUGUAUGUAUGUAUAUGUAUAUGAUUAUGUACAUGUAUACAGUUCUUUGUGUGCAGGUGUGCGUGGUGGCCAGCGUGUGCACAGUGUCUGUGUGUAUAUCUGUACAUAGAUAUAGACACACACUUUAAAACAGACUUACCAAGCACUUUUUAAAGAAAAGACUAUUUUGCAGUCCUCCCCUGCCCACUCCCCACCCUCCCCACUCAGAAACAAAGUCCCCCUUUCUCCCACUGGCCUUGGCAGAGAAUGUUUCUGUCUCUUUUUUAUGUAGGAACUAACUAUUUUUAACUUUUUGCUGGGGCCUGAGUGGGGAGGUUGGGAAGCUAGAGGAGGCUGAGAGGGAGAGAAGCCUUUAGGGCAGGCCCUGCUCCGCCUGCCUCUCCAGCCUAGGGCCUGCAGGAGACUAUGGAGGACCCAGGUGCCCCACAGCAUACCGGCUUCCCAGCUGUGAGGGCCUCAGGGAGGCCUGAGGCUGUGCUGGGCUUCUAAGCCAGCCUGGCUCCUGGGCUUACCAAAUGUGUAUUUAGUUCUAGUGACAACUGCCGGGGCUGGCAGGCCAUAGCUACGGGGCCAGCUCCACUCCUGCACCUGGGCCCUUGAAGCUCCUGAAGGGGCAAGGCCCAGUUUUAUCCCUCAGGUUCUUGAGGCCUGGGGUCCCCCUUAGUUCUUUCCUUCUGGACUCCCCAGAAUAGCCUCCCUGGCCCCAGGGCCACCUACCAGGCUGACACUGCCCUCAGCCAUCCCUGCCCCAUCCCCUCUCUGGUGCGGCCACUGUGUUGUCCGCCCCCUCCCUCUGGCAGCUAGCAGGGCAAUUACUGGGGAGGAGUGCGGCCUGAGGACCAAGGGGGGCACAGACCCUGCCCUCCUUACCAGGUGGGGCUCCAUAUGCAUUCCUUGGUGCUCUCUGAGUGCAGCUGACGUCCUGCCUGUCCUGGGCAGACGCCUGUGUGCAUGUGUGUGUGUGCCUGUCUGAUGUACAUUGUGUCUUAGCUCAAUUUUGAAAAUUGUUCUGUACAGAGAGAGAUGCAGCGGGGGUGGGAGGGCAAUGCAGGCUGAGGGCAGCAGCCUCGCUCCCAGCACUGGGGGCUAGGUGGGCUUGAGAGGGCUUUGAAGGGUCUGCCCUGGCCCAGACCCCCUUUUGGGCUCAGCACGAAAGGGCUUUCAAUGAAUCAAGUGGAAACUUUUCCUUUUUUACAAAAAUGCAAAAAUCAAUAGAGCAAACCUAUUGGAAAUAAACUAUGAACUUGC